AUGAUGUAUGUCAAUCGUAAUUUUUCUCCGUCCACUUGUCAAUUGAUUGAGACUGGUAUUUAUGCUUUUCAACUUGUCUUAGCGUAUUGGUUAAUGCUUAUUGCUAUGACUUUUAAUGUUUGGCUUACUUUUGCUGUAAUUUUGGGAGCUGCUUUUGGUCAUUGGUUAUUUGCAAAUAUUAAAUGUUCCCCUCCACGUCGCUGUUUUUGUCAAUCUUGUGGAAAUGGUGGAGGGGCUACUAGCAGUAAUGAUCCAGAAAAUAUUGAUAAUUUUGCUUCUGAUUUGUGUCAUUGAAAAAAAAUUUUUUUGGAGGAGGAGGAGGCUUGCUUUUGGAAAUUAUUUGGAGGUUUUGACUUUUUAAAAAUUUUUCUUUUUUUUCUUUUCACUUUUCUUUUCUGUUUGUUAUUAGAUUCUUGGCUGGUAGGGAUCGUCACAGGAACGGGAUUCCGUGCUGAGUGUUUUUCGAGUUUUUUGGGAUUGGGAUCCGCUGAAACUCCAAAGUAAAUGCCAAAAUUUUGGCCCCCCCUGAAAUCGACCCCCCUUUUCCACAUGUCAAGGGGGGGGGGCUUUAGCUCCAGAAGACCCCCCGCAAGGCCCUUGCAUUCAGUUAUGGAAUCCUGGGCCCGAUCUCUAUUCUUAAAGGUAUAUAAACAAAUAAUAUAUUUUUUUCCAUUUUGUAAAUAAAUUGUGACAAGUUCUAAAUUUUUUCGGAGGCUAAAAAAAAAUUUUUU